GAUUGUUUAACUACAGUGCAUUGUGCGUGUUUGUUGUUGUUGUUAUUGUGUCCACUGGGAACUCUGAGCACCCCCGCUCCGUGCAUCCCCAUGUGUGUUUCGUCGUUGUUGCUGAGUAAAUAUUACUUAAUGUUUUUGUGCGUCGGUGUGUGCGCGCCCCUAGAAUAUGUAUCUAUGUACCGUCGUAUCUCAAUUCUAGAAUAAUGCAGUUGCAUUGGUGUUUGUGCUCCGUUUUUUUAUGACCAACCAUGUUCAAUUAAACACUUUUGAUAUCAAUUGUUAUUAAUUUGCCGAUUUUACCGUUCAUCAGGCGCGUCGCGCACGCAAACAAACAGACAAGCGAAAAGAGUGCAAGAGAGGGUGAACAGAUAACGAUUCAUUGAUUUGAGAGCCAAGGAGAUUCUCUCCAAGGAGUCCAAUGUGCAGGAGGUAAAAUGCCCGGUGACAGUGUGCGGAGAUGUCCACGGUCAGUUUCACGACCUGAUGGAGCUGUUCCGGAUAGGCGGCAAGUCCCCGGACACCAACUACCUGUUCAUGGGCGACUACGUGGACCGUGGAUACUACUCCGUGGAGACCGUGACCCUUCUGGUGGCCCUGAAGGUUCGCUAUCGCGAGCGCAUCACCAUCCUGCGCGGUAACCACGAGUCGCGCCAGAUCACACAGGUCUACGGCUUCUACGACGAGUGCCUGCGCAAGUACGGCAAUGCCAACGUUUGGAAGUACUUCACGGAUCUGUUCGACUACUUGCCACUGACGGCACUCGUCGACGGGCAGAUCUUCUGCCUGCACGGCGGCCUCAGUCCCUCGAUCGACAGUCUGGAUCACAUUCGGGCCCUCGACCGCUUGCAGGAGGUUCCGCACGAGGGUCCCAUGUGUGAUCUGCUCUGGUCCGAUCCCGAUGACAGGGGUGGUUGGGGAAUCUCGCCUCGUGGCGCCGGUUACACAUUUGGCCAGGACAUUUCGGAAACCUUUAACAACACAAACGGCCUGACACUGGUGUCGCGCGCCCAUCAGCUGGUGAUGGAGGGCUACAACUGGUGUCACGAUCGCAAUGUGGUCACAAUAUUCUCAGCGCCAAACUAUUGCUACCGCUGUGGCAACCAAGCGGCUCUUAUGGAACUGGAUGAUUCACUUAAAUUUUCAUUCCUACAAUUUGAUCCAGCACCCAGGCGCGGGGAGCCUCAUGUUACGCGAAGAACACCCGAUUAUUUCCUUUAAGCUGGAUUGCUCGCACCUACGCAGCUUACAUUUACACAUAUUACAUCGCAUUAUAACAACAAGAAGAACCGAAACAAUAUAUAAUAUAUACAAAUCCAACCAGCAGCAACAAAAUAAACAAAAUGGCAAGUGCUGUCGAAAAAAAACUACCAUAAAAAACAACCCAAAACUAAAAACCUCGAUGCAUUUGUUUUGUGGAGAUCGUUUUAAACAGAGCGCAGUGGAAGAUAUUGUAUAAACAAAGAAAAGAAAAUAACCAUAACAGUCGAGAACACAAAAAUGCAUUGAACAGUUAUUGUUGUUGGCCACAGUUAAAAAAAAAAAAGAAAAAACAAACCGGAAAUGCCGCCAGCGGGGGCGGCAGGCAUAAAAUUUAUAUCAAAGAUAAAGGGGAGGAGCAGAAAGAGAAGCAGUAUACAGAAAUGAUACAAUCCAAUCGAACCUACCAACCAACCCAGAAACCAAGCAGCAACCGCAAGCAACAAGAAGAACUACAACUACUUAGCUAAAUUUGUUAAUUUAUAAAAAUAACGAACUAAGCGUCGCAGCAGAAAGCCAGGGAGCAGGAGUGAUGGAUGGAUGGACUCAUGGAUUAUGACGUGAUGUGUGUGUGGGCGGAAGGGGCUGACGAAGGACUAAACGGGACGAAAGGACGAACGCCAGGACGUAGCAGCAUAAGCAGCAGCAGCGGUAGCAGCAGCGGAAGCAGACGACCCACGACCGACAAAGCAGGAGGAUAACGAUGAAGCAGCAGCAAAAAAGUAGCAGCAGUAUGUGGCAGGAGCAGCAGCGAACGCCAAUGCGAUGGGGGAAGCGCGGGGCGGGCCAGCGAUUUAUAUAAAAACAAAAAUUAUAAAAAA